AUGAAGAAAUGUCAACCAAAACACGAAAACAGUAUCGUUUAACAAACGGCGAAUACCGCAAGCUGCCUUGCAAACGGCUUCAUUAGUGAAAUUUUCUUCUAUUUCUUCCAUUCAUUCAAUGAGUGAUUCUCUGUUCUCAAACACUACAUUUAUUGCUCGAAUAUUAAAAUUCCAACCUGCAGUUGCUCCUUGGGGAAUUUUUUCCCCACAGUUCUGUUCAGUACCUCUACGGAGAGGAGAAUUAUUAUUAAAAAAUCUCGGAAUAUCCUUCAAAUCCCCAAAGAACACCCGAACUUGAGCCUUUGCGGAAGACAUAUUCAGCAUUAUGUCCGCUCAUUACCGCGGCUCCAUCAUGGCAUUGUGAAAUCAGUUUGUUAGGGAAAUUUCCAUUUUUCGGGAUUCAUAUAAUUCCAAAAACGUUCUACUGGUUCGCCGUUAAAUACGUAUCUGAAAAUUGUUACCAGUUGGGUUUUCCCCGAAAUGUCCGUUGUUUCAUCUGCUAUUAUCGCCAAGUACGAGGCUCGAUUAAUCUGUUUUAUUAUUUCUUCAUGACAAACAUCAAUAAUACAAUCCAGUCGAUCGUUUUGUAUUUCUUUCGAAGUUCCUUCAAAUACUGAAGCAUUUUUUGUGUUCGCUCAAGGUUG